AUGGGAAAUACUGAUAGUACUCUGAACUCAGGCCCUUCUGAAGCUUUUCAACAUGAAGACCGCUUUGCCGUACAAGGCCAUCGCACAUUGCGACGCUCUCGACUCAUCCGCAGAGCCCUGAUUAUCCGCCAAGUUUCUCAGGGGAGAGCGAACCCGUCAGAGGUCUGGUGCAACGACAAGAGCUGCGAACAGGAACUUGAAAUAUUUUCAAACCCACUCCUGCAUAUAGCCGAUCUCCCAAGAAGCCGCGAGGGACUUCCCGUGGCAGUUUACACUAAAGACUUCGCUGAUGCCGUGAUCACGAAAUUCUUCGAUGUUGAGGACACCAACACAAAGGAACACAAAGUUAGAGGUCUCUUGUCCUUUAUAGACUCACCGCCUGUGCGAGUUGCGUUUUUGAACUUCAUUUCAGAUUACAAUGAACGCAAAUACCGACUCUCGGACGAGGACUUCCAAAAGGCUCUCUUGAAAGCUCGACCGGUCUUUUUGGACAUCAUGUUCGGCGUCAAAACAGCGGCAAGGGCUCGGCUAGCUCAUAGCUACAUCAACCCUAUGAUGGAAGUCAGAGACAAAUGGGAUCUUCAGCAGUUUAUCUUGCGGUUUCUUAUAUGCUCUGAAAUGUGGCGCCAGCAAAAGACGCCGCGCUCAGAGAACUGGAAGAUUGGUUCUCGUGAAGGGGUGGGACACUUCAUGACGGCCGUGUUGUUCCACUACAAAUUGAUGUGGCAACAGAAGUGUUUCGAUAUUGAUUUCAUCCGCACGAAUCACGUAUGGGACCGUGUAUGGGAUCUUUGGCUACGCAAGUAUCCUCUUGGGGACUCUGGCGAAGUUGUCGAUGGUGACGUCUUCCAGUUGCGGGAUCAUAUCGAGAAGACGGAACAGGAGGUUCUCGACGACGUGGGAUAUCUGGGGGGGAUUGGACAAUGCGAUGAGACUUAUAACCGUAUCCAAGGUUAUCUGGGCAAAGGGGAGCCCUUGGUUGAGUAA